AUGCUGCAAAGGGUGGUACCAGUGAAAACUCUCAACUCUGCUGAAUUUAGAGUACCUAUAGCGGAUACCUUAUGGAAACGUAAGACUGUUAACUACAGUAUAAAGCGCAAAAGUGAUACUGAAUGUCUCAUUCAAGAUAAGAAGAAAGGUCUAGCUGAACAUGAUCUUCCGAAAGAUGUGAGAUUACGAAUUUUCGAUGACGCCCUCGGAAAAGGCCGGGCGGUGAAAAGACGCGAAACUAUCGAGUUAAGACAACGAUGCGAUGAAGCUGGUUCUUCCUCCAAUCCG